UUUUUGUCCGGUCCCCUUUACAUAUCGUAUACUAUAAAUUCACUCUUGUAUGUCCAUAGUUUUUCUCAUCCCUCUCUCAUUUCCAUUUUUUUUUCAGUACCAUACUUUUAAAAAUAUAAUCAUGAUCCGUACUAUAUUGAUUGCAUGUCAUGAAUUUCUUAAUAUGAAAAUCUCAGAAGAAAAAUUAUCAGAAAAACUCAAAGACACCAAGGUAAUAACAUACCGAAAUGAGUUAGCCAAUACAAAGAUGAGAAGAAAGACAGUCAAGAAAAGUGUGAGGUUUAUGGAUUCAGAACGAGAUCCUCUUUUGGAUAAAGACCAAGAGAAGGAGUUGGUGAAAGGAAGAGGAAGCUGCAACAGUGAUUGUAGUAGUGAUUUUGAUGAAUUUGGAGAAAGAGAAAGGAUGAAUAUUAGAGUGAAGGUAAAGAUGACAAGAGAAGAAGCUGCUAAGUUUCUGUCAAAAUUUAAAGACAAGGAAGGAGCGGUUCUUCCAUUCAAGGAUGUUGCUCCUCAUAUUGUGGCUCUCCCACUCGACAGAGUUACCAUUCUGUCCCCUUGAACCAGCCAUAUAAUAGCAAUUAUAGUUGUAGUUUCUAGUUAGUGUGUUUUUGUUGUUUCAAAAAAAGUGUUUGUGUUACUUUUGACUACAUCAAUUUGUUAGUGUUGUAUGCACAUUUUGCAAAAACUGAAGAGAAGUGCUAUUUGAAUAUUCUAGUAUCAGUUUCAAUGUUAUUUGCCGUCGUCCCGUUUUAGAUAUGUUUAAAGAUGACUAACUUGUUGGAAAAAAUGUUGGCACAUAUGGUCCGUUGUUUUCCUCCUAAAAGAUAUAAAAGAUAUCAAUUUCAAUAUGAGACUAGUUUAUUAAAGUCAAUAUUUUUUUUUUUAAGCCUCUCUUAAAACUAACCAAACAAUUGGACUCGAGUGGUAACUAAGGACGAAUCUUCGGAAAAUAUCGAGUUCGAUUUCUAGUAGAAAUAAUAUUUAAUCAGUGUUAUGACCUCUCGACACAAACUUG